UUAUGUAAACACUGUUAUCGUAGCUGCCUAGAUUAUUAUUAUGUCAAAAUUAUAUAGAUAUUUGAGUAAUAAUAAUGGAUGAUCUAUUGCAAUCUCAAAUUAAGGAGAGCUGCAAGCUCGCUCUACCUAAUGGUCUGAAAGAGCUAAUGUCUGAUAUAUCUAGAGAAGUUCUUCGAGCGCAACCGCCACAUUUAUACGAGUUUAUCGAAAAAUACCUGGCUGCCUUGUUGGUAACACGAGAGAAUUUGUCUGUGGCUAGUCGACUUUGCCAAGAAGUGUGUGACCACACAUGCCAUCCAGAACUGGAGGACGAGUUGAAGAACAUUUUUCUUGUUGACGAAGAUGCAGCUAAGGCUAAGAAGCUCAUUCAAGAUUACUUUGAAACUGGAAGAGUGGAAGAAAGUAACCUUAUGGGGAGACUGCUGAGGAAGUUCAGCAUCCCACAGGAUCACUUGGAGCUGGUGCAAGAGGUGGUGCGGAAAGCUUUCCUUUACCGUCACAUCAAAAGAACUAAUGAUACCUGGCAGAAGAUGCAACCAGAGGAUGAUGAAAUUACAAACGCCGCCGUUCACACAAUGCAGCUGUAUGCAGCGACUGGACCUGCUGACGUGGACUACGAUCAAAAGGCCAAGAGGAUACAGGCAGCAUAUCGCGCCUAUGGUGUGCGUCGUCUGUGUCAUUCGAAGCCUAUGUUUGAGAAGAAAGUACGACACCAUAUUCGUUUCUCUACCGAGACAUUGGAAAUGGACGCUUCGCAAACAUCAGAAGCAGAUGUUCCAAAAACAACUCCAGCCGAAGGAUGCUCAUCAGUGAGUAUUCACAAGACUGAAAGCCAAAUGGUUCUUAGUGAAGCUGAACUCUCUCACGAAAGAAUCGCCCGUCAUGAACGAAUGCUAUCAGAAAUUAGUUACGACUUUAAAUAUCCUGAAAGAGUACAAUCAUUCAUCGACUACGAAGAUGAAAAUGAGAAACGGGUGAUGUCUAUCACUGACGAAGCUAUCACAAAGGAUGACGAAAAUGAUAGCGAACGAAAAAUGUCAAAUGUGUCCGAAGUACAUUUUCGUGAACCAUUGAUAUGUGAGAAAUUGUAUGAAGAAGCGAUUCAAGAUCAAGAUCCUGAUUAUGAUGAAUUUAGCUCAAUUGAUGAACAAACUGUGUUUUAUGAAGCACACGAUGAGCAAACUGUUGUUGACGACCAAGCGUUGGAUGCUGACAUCGAGUCUGAUAAUUCCAUACAAGAAGAUAUAAAAGAAAAUCUUAUUGAAGAAUUUGCAAUCGUCAAUGUCAAUAAUUAUGACAAUGAUGUACAGUGAAGGGUUUUUGUCACAAUUUUUAUUUUCGAUUAUUUUCUUUCGCUUAGUUACAAAAAUAAUCAGAAAUAUGAAUAUCCUUUGAGUUGAGAUGUAAUUUUGAUUAUCUAGGUACAUAUUAUUUUUAGUGUACUAAUUUUUUAUUAAUGUUUAACUUAUGUUUAUUGCGAUUCAUUUCAUGUGCUAAAGUGUUUUUAAGAAGUCAAUAAAACACAAUUAUCUUAUAAUCAAUCUAUUAUU